AUGUUCCUCUUCACUGAUGGCGGCCGCUUGAGCAGCUCUGAUGUUGUGGCUGGUGUUGGAUGGUAUGGACACUGGGCUGCUUGGAAGCUAGAGUCCACCUGCGGCCACCUCUGCCUCCCCCGGCAUGAAGUUUUUGAUGCAGAAGCCACUACAGCUACUGAGGGGCUGAAAGCUGUCCUCAAUAGUGUCCAGGCCCCCUGCACACAGAACUUAUACAUCCUUCUCAAUAACCAGGAGGUAACACGACAGCUAACAACAGGCUCUCCCACAGGCUCUAGCCAAAGCACCAUCCUGACCUUCCAAGAAAUCGCGAACACCUGGCCCAAUCGGCCCCUCAGAUAUGAGACUAUCCUUCCUGGACAAGCCGAUGAACAAGCGAAGAAAGGAGCUAGGUCAACCCCACAGACCAACACGCCCCCAACAAGAUAUGCCUGGGCACACCAGGCUCUGAAGGAGAAAUAUCAGGACCUCUCCAUUGGCCUAGAUAAACGACCCAUGAACUAUCUCUCCCCAGAGCCACCCUCGGUCGACUCCUUGCUGUCCGGUCAGGCCAUGGGGACUUUGCCUCAUAUCAUGAGCGCUUCGGGCAUGAAGAUGCCAAGUGAGAGUGGUCAUGUGGGCGCCUAA